ACUCUUUCCCCUGCACCAACGGCUGUCAUUUCUGUGUCUUUAACCCAUUCCUCCACUCUCAGGGCGGCUAGAGACUCUGAGCCCGGCAUGGCCAAUUUCUCAGACCCGAUACCCCUCCUGAAUGCCUGCCGUUGAGUAGAGCACUUCCUGGAUAUAAAUACGCAUCCUUCGGUUCGACUGAGGACGCAUCUCACGUUCUUUAUCUGAUCUGAAUAUUAUCAAACGUCCGUCCUUACGCUGUGCACCACGUCUUAUAUAUACGAGAACGAAACCAACUUGCUAGUAUACAGUAGCCACUAGUAGUAGUUGGAAUAUUUCCUCAACCAGUUCGGUAUAAGAUCGGAACUCAUUACCGCCAACUCAUUGAAGUCGAUCCUUCUAAAGAUGUCAAAGACUGCACGGCGAUUCCUCAGUUUCUUUUGGAGAUCUGGCACCAAGGGUGUACAGGGCAUCAAUGAUGCAGCAGCCCAGGAAGCAGUGGAAAAGGCCAUCGAAAACAAGAAAGACUCUUUUCCUGAGCUUAGCAAAGCCACGAAAGCCAGUGUGGAGUCGAGACCGCAUUCGACUCCUAAAGCAGAUGGCAGGACGGAUCCUCUCCAUGCCAACUUCCGGAUAACUUCAGAUGACAAUCGGCCCAUUACAUCGGCGCAUUAUUAUCCUACACCGCUCGGUGGUAAGAAUGUGUGGUUUUCGAAGCCGAAGUAUAAUGAUGGACAACAAGCCAACGAGCAUUUUGUUAAGGAUGAGCAAACCGAUGACGAAGGUGAUAGAAAAUGAAGUCAGAAUAUGUGGCAGAGAAUGGGAACAAUAUGGGUGGUCCUCUAGCUCUCAUUCAAAGUACACCAGCGAUUUGUAUAUAAGAUUGUAUCUCAACGGUAUUGUGGCAGCUGAAGAAUCUGCGGCUUGCUGAAGCAGUGUUGGAAGGUGU